GGCUUCUUCGCACUGCUAAAAGCAUAUCGUCAGUAGGUUGCGUUCCCUUUCUCUCCUUAUUUAACUUGAUUUAUAUUCUUUAUUAUUUAAAUUUAAUUUUCAGUCUCAAUUGUCCUGUUUAAUAGAUUAUUAAACGAGUAUUGCAUUUAAAAAGAACGUCAUUAAAUGUUUACAAAAAACACUAUACUAGUGGAAAUUACUCAGGAAUAGUUUUGGUAUGAUUCGUAAUGCUUCAGAGACAACUAUAAAAGAGAAGAAAGAGGGUACGGUGAAAAUAAAUCAUCUCCCUUCGGAUCUAACAGACAAUGGACAUGGUAUAGAGAAUAGAGUAUCUGAUGCAUUCUGUCUCGCCCUCUGCGAUCCUUUAGUAAAGGGAGUCAAGUUAAUUGAACAAAAUGAUUUUAAGACGCCACCUUCUUCGCUAUUGGAAAGACUAAAGAGAAAGUGGAUUUUGGACGUUACCACUAAUCUAAACAAUUAUAUAUCGAACAGUAAAGUAUCUGAAAGAUUAAUAGGAGAAUUAUUGGAUGGUAGAUCAUACGAAUUUUUCAGAAGCUUAGGAAAGGUUUUUGAUCAGUCAUCCUACCUAGAAAGGGAAUUAAAGAACUCUGCUGAAGAUUUACAGAGUAUCCGGAGAGAAUUUUCAACAUUAGAAGAGAGAUUAAAUCGAUGUGAGACAAAUAUCCAUUCAUUCGCUCACGAGCUAAAAUUCUAUCAACAAGAAGAAGAUGAAAUUGACAAAUACUACUCAAUACUUUUUGAAAAGUUACAUAAUCGUUUUAAACGUCUAAAUUAUAUGCCUUAUAUACUGAACGAGGAAUUUUUCAAUAGACGUCAAUUGUUAGAAUCUUCAAUGAAAGAGACAGAACUUUAA